AUGGAUUUGAACGGUGCGAGAAGGAAAAAUGCAACGAGAGAAACGACGAGCACUCUCAAAGCUUGGCUCAACGAGCAUAAAAAAAAUCCGUAUCCGACCAAAGGUGAAAAAAUUAUGUUGGCAAUAAUAACGAAAAUGACUUUGACUCAAGUGUCGACGUGGUUUGCCAACGCGAGGCGGAGACUUAAAAAAGAAAAUAAAAUGACGUGGGAACCGAGAAACAGGGUAGAGGAAGAAGACAAUAAUAACGAAGAAAGCGGUAGGAAAAGUGCGGAUAACGGAAAAGAUCCAGAUUCUAAAGAUUCUGGAACCGGGUCUAGCGAAAAUGGAGAAAGGCCCAAUCAUAGGAUGGAAUUGUUGGAUAGACCUUGCGGACCCGUGGACACGGCUAGCGAGUGGAGCGAAUCUCGGGCCGACAGCGGUCCGGAUUCUCCGGAAUGUUUGUUCGAAAGGCAACAACAACUUUUACAUCCCGCUUACCAACACCUUCAACAUCCCGCGAGCAGGUUGCACGUGCCAUCGUCAUCGUCUCCGAGCGGUCCCCCCAAACCGAGGAUAUGGUCGCUCGCGGACAUGGCGAGCAAGGAAAACGACAUUCAUUCGUCGCCGUCGACGACGUCUGCUUUUUACGCUACCGCCGCCGGAAAGUUAAUAUCUCCGUUGAGCCGAGGCGCUAUGCCUCCGCUAUCGGUACCGCCGGGCUCGUAUCCGAGGCCUCCGCCUCACGAGUUUUACCGUAGUCUAUAUGGACCCGCGGCUCAUUUGGCCGGGAGUGCGGCGAGUGAAAGUGUUUCCCUACUCGAAACUUAUUCGAGAACAUUCGGGGGAGGAUUGGAAGGCGGGGGUCCUCCCGCCGCGGGACCCGGAGGACAACUUUCGAUCGUUUUAUCCAAAGUCGCAGCCGCGGCUGCAGCCACUUCAGGGAAUCCAACGUUUAAUUUAAACGGGACGAGGCCAACGCAAUCCGUCGCGACCGGAGCAUCAUCCGCAUCCUCAUCGACCUCCUCUUCCGCGUCCGAUCACCAACAACCGCUAUUACCAAAUAAACAAAUACCAGAUCAUUUAAAAACUCCCGCCGGCAAACCUUGA